AUGUCUUUACCAUGGUCUCACAGCGAAGCCACGCGCACUGGCAGCCACAGCCAGGACUUGGAUGCCGCCGAGAAAGGCCUGAGCUUGGCGGUCUUACCGCCGCUCGCCCAUGUAAGCCGGAGGACGUCAAUACAUCCCAUCUCACCAGUCCAUGAGGGCAUAACACCGUCCUCCAGCGUACCAGCACUGGCCCUGCCAUGGCCUGCAGGGAGGCAACCUACCAAUGCUCCGGUACCUGAGGAAGAACCUAAGAAACCAGCACCAAAAAAAAAACGGAUUAGUCGAUGGAUCCUCUUUCAACUUUGGUUCAACACAUACCGAAAGUUCUUCACGUUUGCCAUAUCGCUCAACUUGACUGGAAUAGUCCUGGCUGCACUCGGGCGGUUCCCUUAUGCGGAAAACCAUCUCGGUGCUUUGGUGCUUGGCAACCUGCUAUGCGCCAUUCUGAUGCGGAACGAGUUGUUCCUUCGGGUCCUGUACAUGAUCGCCAUCUAUGGCCUGCGAAGUUGGGCUCCCGUGUGCGUCAAGCUGGCAGCAACGUCGAUUUUGCAACACGUCGGAGGCCUCCAUUCGGGAUGCGCACUCUCUGGCGCUGCCUGGCUAGUAUUCAAGAUUGUCGACAUCAUACGGCAUCACGCCGUUCAGCACAGUUCUGUGAUUGUCACCGGCGUAAUCACAAACUGCCUUAUAAUCAUUUCCGUCCUAAGCGCCUAUCCAUGGGUUCGCAACUACCAUCAUAACACAUUUGAGAGACACCAUCGCUUUAUUGGAUGGCUGGGUCUAGCGGCCACCUGGGCCUUCGUGAUCUUGGGAAAUUCCUAUGAUAUAACACGUGGGCAAUGGAGAGCCGGUACCAAUUCUUUACUCAGCGCACAGGAGCUUUGGCUUGCCGUGUUCAUGACAAUAUUUAUCCUCAUCCCUUGGCUUACCCUUCGAGAGGUCCCCGUGGAAGUUGAAAUUCCAUCGCCCAAAGUCGCCGUUAUCCGUUUCGACCGCGGGAUGCAGCAAGGUCUCCUAGGGAGAAUCAGUCGCACCUCGAUCAUGGAGUACCACGCCUUUGGAAUCAUUAGCGAGGGCCGGAAAUCCCCGUAUCAUUAUAUGAUCUGCGGUGUUCAAGGCGACUUUACGAAGAGUCUUGUUGCCGAUCCACCGAAAGCCGUGUGGACUAGGGAGCUGAAGUUUGCUGGGGUUGGGCAUGCAUCCUCGAUGUUUAAGAGAGGAAUUCGCAUCUGCACGGGAACCGGUAUAGGGGCAGCGCUAUCCACUUGCAUCCAGAGCCCAAAUUGGUUCCUUAUUUGGAUAGGCUCUGAUCAAGAGAAUACCUUUGGACCAACGAUAACGGGGCUAAUCCACAAACACAUCGAGCCAGAGAGAAUGAUCCUCUGGGACUCGAAGAAACGAGGAGGACGACCGGAUACCAUGAAACUCCUCAAAGACACGUGGACGAGCUUUGGAGCCGAGGUUAUAUUCAUUACCUCCAACAUGAAGGGCAAUGAUGAGAUGAUGCAAGGUUGCCGUGCAGCUGGAAUACACGCAUUCGGCACACUAUGGGACUUCUGA